CGUCAGACAUGAAGGGGAGUCGAUCGUACAGUACAUAUAGACUAGAAACUUUUUCAAAUAAAGUCCAAGAAAUCUGGUUCUCCUUUGUGUUGGAGACUGUUCAUCCCAUACAUGUUGUCCAUAUCACAGGGAACUAUGCGCAUUAGCACCGAUUCAACCCUGACUUCAUGAAUAUGGCAUUCAACGCCCCAUCCACACCGUCUCCUACAUCCACAACCACAACCACAUCCACAGCGUUGAAAACAACAACAUCAACAUCAACAUCCCAGACCGCAAUCCCCUCCCAAAAUCCCCAGUCCCAAUCCCAAUCUCAGUCCCAACCCCUCCACCUCAGCGCCAACUUCGCCUCCCCGCAAUCUCACCAAAUCGACUACGACCACGAGGUCUACCUGCGCCUGAUCGCCGGCGAGAACCCCAAGGAUACUACGCAGAUCACGAAGACGCCGAAUCAGAUUUAUCGCGAGAAGCUCGUUCGCAGGCAAACGACUCGCGCCUUGGAUCUGGCGGUUCUGGAUCCGUCGGUGGGGCAGCAGAAUCCGAGUCCGGUGGAUUUGGAGUGGGCGGAGAGUCAGAGGGUGAGGGAUCGGUUGGUGGGGAGUUAG